UUGCAGCUUAAAUAUUUGCAAAUUGAACUUUUAAAGUUACAUUUUGAUUGUAAAAUCAAAUUAUGUAUUUUUGAACUUCGCAAGAUGUAGAAUUCAAUGCAAUUAAGAAAAUAUGUACCUAAAUCAAACGUGAUGUGAAGUUUUAAGUUUCAUAUAACCUCACUUUAUAUGAUAUCCAAGUUGAAAACCAAGUUGAAACUUUGAAUUUUGCAAUGCGCGAGUGCAAGAUGCAGCCAAAAAUGAAACCAUUGAAUAACAACAUGUAGAACCACAAUAAUCGGACUGUGAAACUAUUUAAAAUGGAGUUCCUGAUAGCUGGCUGCGCAGCAGUAUCUGCUGGCUUCUUCACCAACCCAUUGGAGGUGAUAAAAACGCGCAUGCAAUUGCAGGGUGAACUCCAAAAGAGGGGCACGCAUGUUGUGCAUUAUAAAAACAUCCUGCACGCUGCUGUGCAAAUUGUGAAGCAUGAUGGCGUGGUGGCACUUCAGGCUGGACUUGUUCCAGCAUUAUGGGUGCAGUUUAUUAUGAAUUGUUCUAGAUUGGGUGGUUACCAGUUAGCAGAUAGUCAUAAUUUAAUCCGUGAUAAGCAUGGAAAUAUUCGAUUUGAGCGUUCAGUAUUAGCCGCUGGACUUUCGGGAGUUUUCGGGCAUUAUUGUUCGAAUCCGAUGCACUUGGUGCGCACGCACAAGCAGUCGAUGGCUGCUAAGUCCAUCGCGGUGGGUUUCCAGCACAAGGAGCAGAGUAUGGUGCAAGCUUUGCGCGAAAUUUUGAAUUUAUACGGUAUAAAAGGAUUAUGGCGGGGUGGCAUAGCAAUAUUUCCACGUGCAUUCAUCGCGUCAUCCUCGCAACUUGUUUCAUUCUCUUACACCAAACAAUGGCUGAAUGAGAUUGAAUAUUUCCAAAAGAAAAAGAUACUCACCUCAUUUGUAGCUAGCUUUAUUGGUGGAAUUGCCAUUAGCGUGUUGACGACUCCGUUUGAUUUGGUCUUGAUUCGUCUCUACAACCAAGGUCUUGGUAAAGAUGGUAAAGGUAUACUGUACAAUGGAUAUUUUGAUUGUGUUAUCAAGGUGUAUAAACAAGAGGGCGCUUUGGCAUUCUUUAAGGGAAUCGGCCCCAUGUACUUCCGGCUGGGGCCGCAUUCAGUGCUCACAUUAAUGUUCUGGGAUUUUUUUAAAGCUGGUUAUGAAAAAGUUAUCCAACUGUGAUGUUUGAAAGAAGUCUAGUCUCUCAAUUCCAGAUUUGUUUUAAUGUACAAAUAAAUGAAUUGAAUAGUUA